AUGACAGUUCCCUCGAGACCGGCAGAGAACAGGCCCACGGCGAUUAUACAAAGAUGCAAACUAGAGAACCGGCCAGUGUGCGUCGCAGGCCCCAUGGUCAGGUACUCCAAACUCCCAUUCCGUGAGCUAUGCCGGUUCUACAAUGUGGAUAUAGUCUACACGCCAAUGAUACUAGCUCGUGAGUUUGUCCGCAACGAUAUGGCUCGGUAUUCGGACUUUACUACAAACGCCCGGGACCACUGCGUCAUAGUGCAAGUGGGCGUCAACAACGUGGAGGACUUCAUGAAAUUCAUCGAUAUGAUCUUGCCGCAUGUGGACGGGGUUGGGAUCAACUGCGGAUGCCCCAUAAAGGACCAGAUCCGGGAAGGGAUCGGGGCUGCGUUGAUGAGCGAGCCGCAUCUCGUGGCAGCGAUGAUCUCAGCGGCCAAGGCCAAGUACGGGGGUUCUGUUUGCAUUGACACAAAAAUCCGAAUACACAGCGACGUGAAUGAAACCAUCGAGUUUGUCAAGAUUGUGGAGGCUGCGGGCACCGACAUCAUCACCAUCCACGGCCGCACAAAGACCACCCGGUCGUCCACCCCUGUUGACUUGGACGCAAUCAAGAUGGUGAGGCUGCACAUUAAAACGGUUCCUGUGAUCGCCAACGGCGACUGCUUCACAUUGGACGAUUGUCGGAGAAUCGCAGCUUAUACCGGUGCCGACGGUGUCAUGUCGGCACGAGGGAUACUAGCAAACCCGGCACUUUUCACGGGUCAGGACCAAACACCCUGGAGUGCAGUCGAGGUGUUUAUGGCGUUGACCACGAGCUACGGCUUGCCAUUCAAGUUAUCGCAACACCACGUACUGCAGUUGUUGGAAAAUAUGCCAGUGUCGAAAAAAGUGGUCAAGAGAGUGAAUGCUGCGAAAUCGAUGGUGGAGAUGAUUGAUGUGUUGGACACAUACUUUGUGCUAAAGAGAAAGCAUGAGAAGGGAUAUGCAUGUGCUGUGGAACCUAGUUGGAAGAAAGAAAGCUUGAAUAUUACAUAA